UUGUUUUUUUUUUACUUUUCGUUUGUGACAAAUUUUACGUGCAACGCGUGCGGGCUGCACCAGUGAGUGCACCAAAAUGUGGCUGUUAAAGCGCGACAUUUAACAAGAGCACGGAUUAUUUGGUUUAUUUCAAAUUUUUCGAAAUGCUUACAACGCCUGUUUGUUGCAGCCGCUGGGGAAGGGCGAACAACAGUUGCGGCUGCAGUAUGUUUACUUUGUGGCCGUCAAAGUGGACGUUGUUAUUGUUGGUCACUUUCCUCAUGAACAAAGUGGCAGCUAAAUGGCCACCUGACCCACAGCCGCGCUUCUACCCCCCACCACAACAACAUUGGCCCCGCCAAUACUUUGACAAUUUUGCAAUUGAAUCGCGUAUAUUUGGCAAUGAAAAAUCAAUGGAAGGAAAUGGAAAUGCUUUAUUUGGUAACAAAGCAAUCGCUGACGAAAUAGCGUUGCGAGAUUUCGAGCAGUCAAAUGAUGUUGCACUUCCUGCUGAGGCAAGGCGACACAGGCAAUUGCAAUGGCUAGGCAGUUGGUUAUUUGGGCGAAAGCAACAGCCACAGUGGCAAGUAAGGAAAAAAGAACAACAAAUGGCAGUAACAAAGCAGCCACAGUGGCCACAAACAUAUCUACAAGGACAACAACAAACGCCACACGCAUACGACUUACAUAGACAUGACGCAGAUAUCUUCGUCUACAAGAAGACGCCCGAAAUUAUGCCGGGUGAGGAAGAGAAACAUUUGCAAGCAACGGAUGUGAGCGAUAAUGACGUAGCCGAUACAAAGUCAGCGGAGGAGGUUGGAGAUAAACAGGAUACGUCAUCAAUGGAUACAACUGUGGAUUAUGACUAUAAAAUCGAUGUGGAACCAGCUAGCGAACGAUUUAACACCGAACAGCCGCCACGUUCUAAGCGAAUUUUUUACGCGCCGCGCACUCGGCGGCUGGACUACGCCUACAUACCCUACACAGCGUAUCAGCACGAUCGCGAGCAAGAACUAGCCGAGGCGAAGAAGCUGGCAUUUAAGCGUAACAAAACCGGCAAUGGUGAACGUAGUUUUCUACCCUCUAUUAGCGCUGGCGCUAUGACACACUUGGGCAACUUUUUUACGGAUCUCUCGAAAAAUGUACGCUACAAUGAGAAAUCGCAAUCGCUGGGGCAUGAGGAGGCUAAGCUACUCGAAGGACAACAUCCUCUACGGCAGCUGCAUGAGAAGAUAGCGGGCGAACAUGAGGCUAAUGCAGAAUUUCUGCACGCCAUACGCACAUAUCGACCCUCUCAGAAGAUACGCUCGCUGGUGGCAAUGAAUCCGCGUGGUUAUCAUGGCGCACAAUUCAUCGAUCCCAAUUACAUGUGGGUUGGUUUGGGUAAAUAGCGGUACGCUUGGCGGCGUUGUGGUAGCUGGCAUUGUGCCGUAGAUCCACCCAGUUGGCAGUGAGGAAGAGAAUGACCAAUCUCAUUCCUCAUUUCAUAUACCACCACAUCCCACCACAUCGCGUUUUAAAUAUUACAACGAAACACAGUGGAAAUUGGAAAGAAAGCUAAAUUUUUUAGAAAUACAUACAUGCAUACAUAUCGACUUUACUUGGCAAAACCUCCUAUCCCAGAAAUCACAACUAUCUUGUAUUUCGUAAAAUUUAUUCAAAAUAGGGAUUAAAGUACUA